CUUUUCUUUGUGGCCAGUUGCUAGCAAGCAGCAAGCACCAGCCAUUCUUGCAGUCACAGAAUGAUUAUGUUUCCAAAGCGUUAGAACUAGGAGUGAUAGACCGAGUGCCAGAAAGACCCGCAUGUGCAGCAACCUCAACUUUUGUGAAAGACAAGCUCUUCCAUGAGGCAAUUAUGUGUGACCUUAACUGUUAGCACACCAGUUUUAGCAGAACCCCGAUACAGUCAACUAAAUACACACGUACGCGCAGAGAGAGAGAGAGAUUUUGACCAAGCAUCUUGUGGGUGAGCUACCUGCCCUUCUCUCACACACACCGUGGCGUUGAAUUCUUUAAUUAAAUCACGCACCUUUGAUGGUAACUUGGGCUAUAUCGCCCAUAGCCACAUGCAAGGCAAACCCUUGAUAUAAGAAGACACCACUUCCUUUAUUAAAAACCUCACACCAUUUCUUCACAUUCACAUACAGGAUAGAAAAUUGGCUAAACAACAGUCUUGCUUGAGUUUCUUUUCACAAGAAGCACACAAAGAAGAAGGGAAAAGAUAUCCUUGAAAAGAGUAAUUUCCUAAGAUACAAGAAUACAGAAGAUGGGGCGCAUUCCUUGUUGUGAGAAGGACAAUGUCAAAAGGGGACAAUGGACCCCUGAAGAAGACAAGAAGCUCGCCUCUUACAUCGCCCAGCACGGAACCCGUAACUGGCGCCUCAUUCCCAAAAAUGCCGGGCUGCAGAGAUGUGGAAAAAGCUGUAGGCUGCGAUGGACUAACUACCUUCGACCGGACUUGAACCACGGUGAAUUCUCAGAAGCAGAGGAGCAAACCAUCAUGAGGCUCCAUGCUGUCCUUGGUAACCGGUGGUCAAUAAUUGCAGCCCAGUUGCCCGGUCGCACGGACAAUGAUGUCAAGAACUACUGGAACACGAAGCUGAAAAAGAAACUUUCAGGAAUGGGAAUCGAUCCAGUUACUCACAAGCCAUUCUCCCACCUCAUGGCUGAGAUUGCUACGGCACUGCCCCCACCGCACGUGGCCCAUCUCGCAGAGGCAGCCCUUGGCUGCUUCAAAGAUGAAAUGCUUCACCUGCUGACCAAGAAACAUGUCAACUUCCAGCUCCAACAAUCCAAUGCACCACAAGGGACCGGUACAUCCACUUGUCUCACCACUGAAAGUAAUGAGAAAGAGGACCCUGUGGAUAAGAUCAGGCUGGGCUUAUCAAGGGCCAUUCUGGAACCUGACAUGCUGCCUCCAACCAAGCCAUGGGAGCCAAUGGGGGUGCCUGCAAUGAACUUCAUAGGAGAAUGCAGUGGCUUCCCUCCAUCUACCUCAGAUUUUGAGUAUGACCAUUCAGGGUUUGGCAACAAAGGGGAUGGAUCACCUUGGAACCCAAGUAUGUGUACCGGAAGCACGUGCACUGUGGGGGACCAACAAGGCCGGUUAGAUGGAAUAAUCGAGGAAGAGAAUGAGGAGGAGUCCAAGGGAGAGAAAGAUUUAGGAAGCGGAUCCAGCAUAUUCAACUCGAACUGUAUUUUAUGGGAUUUACCAGCAGAUGAUCUCAUGAAUCCCAUCAUGUAACGGGGCUUGUCAAGUUACAGCAGGUACUAGGCAAAGAAGCAAGACCCCCUGAAAUUGAAGGAAAUAAUGAACUUCUCAAAGCAGUGAAUAAUGACAACAAAUGUACAUGAGACCUUUAUAAACUAUUAAAAUUUGUUUUGUCAAGGGCCAUUCCUUCACUAUGCAAUCACUUAUAUGUAGUU